AUGCGGUGGUGUCAUAUUCUCGUCAUGUCAAUUUGCUUCCUUGCUAGCAGCGAUGGUCACUUGGCGACCAAAACGUCGGCCGUGUCUUCGCCCGCAACCUUGAUAUCUACCAAUGCCAUCGUCACUGACAACGCGAAACGAAGAUUUCUGAGGGUGGACGAGUCGGAUAAGACCAGCGUUCGAUAUGAACAGGAAGUAGACAAGACAACUAGAAGAUGUCGAGAGGAGAGAACUCAAGACACUUGA